CUCUGAUCCGAGUAAUCAAAUUCUAUUUCGACUGUGCAUUCCAGUGUGAACAGGUGAAAUCAUUCCGCUCUUAACGUCUACACUUAAGAUGGCAUCUGUGACUUUACUCGUGUUAUUGGCAGUACUCCACUUGUCUCAUUUGGGUUCGACUGUGCAUUGGCGGAGGAACCUGGGCUUCGAUGACAUACGUACAUCAAAUUUCCCCAUGCGAUAUUCAGGCAAAUCGGUACCCCAGUGUCAGGAAGACAUCAAGAAAAGAUUUGCUGACUGCGAUAGACUGAACCUAACGAAAGUCCCAGAUUGUCUGUCACCAGAUGUUCAAAAGCUAUGGCUGAUGUAUAAUCGAAUUUGGUAUCUUUAUAAUUCCUCUUUUUUGAAAUAUCCCGAACUAUCGACGUUAGUGUUAUCAAAUAAUGAUAUUCAUUUCAUUGAAUCAGGGACAUUUCUUCCGCUCAAACAUCUUCACUCUCUGAAUAUUAAUGGAAAUAGUUUGACGUCUUUCCCUGACAAUAUCACAUAUUCAGAGCAGUUUGUACGACUGAGAGAUCUUCCGUUAUCUCGUAACGAACUCACACAUGUCAAUAUCGCAUGUUCUUCAGGAAACCAAUGGACAAUGGAAACAAUCUCUCUUGACGGAAACAAUUUCCGGGAACUCACAUCUGAGACGUUCAAGCUCAAUUGCGACAUUAACAUUUUGGAUUUGUCUAAAAAUCCUGUAAUUCGCAUUGAUCCAGAAACAAUCGCAUCUCUUCGUGUGCAGACAUUGCGGUUUGGUCGGAAAUCUGUAAUAUUAGAAGUGUGGACUGAUUUGUUGAUUGGGGUUGCCAGAUCUCGAAUCAAAUGGCUGUAUAUAAAAUAUAUAGACCAAGACAUAAUCACUGUCGAUUUUUUUAGACCUCUUUAUAACUCACGCCUCAUAUAUUUGGAAUUGAAUUUCGUUCAUUUAAAUCUUCAGAACGCCACUCCUUUUUCAAAUCUAAAUCAACUUAUAGAACUCACAUUAGAGGGCACUAUCCCUACUUUAGAACCAGAAUAUUUUUUAGGAAUGAACAAACUUGAAAUACUUCACUUGGAGCAUAAUCAUAUUAAUCAAAUCAAUCCGAACAACUCUUUUUGGAGUACCCCACAUGUGCGCGAGAUAUAUUUGGGUUAUAACGAAUUAAAGUUUUUGUCACGCACUGCUUUUCAAGGUUUGGAUAAUCUAUUUACAUUAGACAUAACCUUUAAUACGAACUUUAUGGAACUUGUAAUUAAUCAAUAUACAGGGGGACUCUUCAACCUUCGCUAUCUAGUCGUAUCAAACAAUGUGAUAAGAGACUUCUUGGUAGAUGCCCCUUAUUUAAUAUCCCUAACCUCUUCAGCUUCGGGAGACUAUUUUAGAUCGGGAAUAACGUUCCAGGAUACCCCUUCACUACAAUGGUUGGAUCUCUCUUAUUCAAACAUACAUUCACAGCUUUUAUGGAAUUCAUUAACAUCCACAUCACUCUUUGAUGGUUUGGAUAAUCUAGCACAUCUUGUAUUGGAAGGUAAUCCUAUUUCCGAGCUGUUGCAAGGAAUGUUUCGAGGGCUGUUUGCUUUAGAGUUUCUUGACCUCAGCGAUUGCGAGGUCUCCAGCAUACAAUCGAAUGUCUUCCGCGGCCUGAGUUCUCUCCGCACGCUUUCACUUGGAGGAAACAAACUUCAGAGGCUUCCUUUGAAUCUGCUGACAUUUGAUAAUAAUACUUCCUUGAAAACGUUAGUUUUAGCUGGUAAUAAAUUUACAUAUUUCAAUUACAGUACAUUUGAACCCUUAAUGUUUACAAUGAAUUUAUCGAUUGACAUUUCCCAGAACGAAUUGAUAUGUAACUGUGACAUAUCAUGGCUGGUGAAGUGGCUAAACAGUAAAGUGAAUGUCCUCAAUGAAGACAAUACAGUAUGUUCUACAGCAUCUGCAACGCUUAGUCCUCUUAGAGGCAAGCCGCUGUUAAUCUUUAUUCCUAGUGACUUGUGUGGUCCAAACAUAGUCCUUAUUUGCUCCUCCUCUAUUGCGGUCAUCGUGUUUGCGGCCACCUUGCUUUUAAUAUAUCAUUUUCGCUGGUUUGUGAGAUACAAACUAUAUCUAUUGAAGCUUGCUGUUAUAGGAUACAACGAAAUUAUAGAUGCACGCGAUCAUGGAGACUUUGAAUUUGAUCUCAACAUCAUGUUCAUGGAGGAUGACGAACAUUGGGUCCAGGAACACCUCAGACCAGUCCUUGAAGAAAGGCUUCCAAACUUCAACAGAAACGCAAUUGGCGAUGACGAUCUCAUCCCCGGAAUGCACUACUUCGACGCGGUCUUUUACGUCAUUGAGAAAAGCUUCAAGACUGUCCUGCUUCUCAGCCGAGCUGCGUUCCAGGACAACUGGUUCAUGAAAAAAUUCCGUAUAGCCUUUGAACAGGUCAACGAUGCGCGAAUGGAAAACAUCGUAGUGGUCUUUCUUGAGGACAUUCAGGAUGCAGAGCUCCCGUUCCUGGUGAGGCUGUACUUGAGUGAGCGCAGAACCUACCUCUGGUGGAUGGAAGAUGAGAGAGGCCAGGAGUACUUCUGGAACGAACUUAUUCUGACUCUUCAAAGAGAUAAUGUGAGAUGGAACAUCAUGGUCCCACCGGAGUAGGGAAGUGCUGUCGCAAGAAUUCUUUCUUCGGAAGCGUCGUUUCUAGGAUGCAGAUGGCGGGGGAGGGGGGGGGGGGCGUAAUAGGUGCCAAACAUUAGAGAUGGCUAAUGGUAACAUUUUAAUUUUUAAUUCUAGGUGUUCUUUCAACACAUUUGUUUAACACAAAUGUUUAAUGAAAAAAUGCAACUCGUAUGAUAAGUUUCACUUCUUGUUAGAGCUCAUGUAGUGGAUGCGUGUCUCAAAAUUUAAGCCGAUGAUAUAUUUACAUUAGAAAAUUUGGUCAUGUGAACGUCGUGGUCGGUAACGAAUGAUAGGUCUGAAGACCUUGGACUUGCCCGUAUAUAUGCAGUACACAUUCGUUCUGGGCAUAAGAAGUAAACCACAAAACAAACACUUUGAAUUGAAAGCUAUAGAUAAAGUGGGAUUAAUUUAUAUGUUUGAUGCUUGAAUGUAAAUAGACACCUUAUUUGAGACACACACGCACCAACAAAAACAUUAUACAUAUAAUCGUUUUAGGACCAUAACAUUUCUGUACUGUCUGCAUUUAAAGACUUUUUGUUGUUGUUGUUGAAAUUGUAACAUUGUAAAUUAGCUUUAUACAUGUAGAUAUAUAAUCUUAGGUCGUGGUUUCGAUUCCCGACACGGCACUAAUUUCUUUUGGCAAUGCAUUAAAGCCAUUAAUCUACAUUUACAAAUCCAUACCCAGGAGAGAAAUGGGGCCUUGGUAGGAUGACGAAAGCCUUUGUGUUAGUUAUUGCCGUAUGCCCUCACGGUGCCCAUAACAUGUACACGAUUUCAUUCGGGAAACUGUGUAACAUUUAUUUGUGUGGUUUUCUCCAUGUAAUAUUCUACAGUCUGACCUUUCGUUUUAUAAUACUUUUGAAUUAAUUUCUGUAUAGAUAGGCCUAAGUACACUUGAGGUUUCGUUCAAAGGUGCUUUGCUAAAUUCCUCGGAUGACUAUCAGCAUUUUAACCAGGUGACUCUGGGUAUUGGUGCUAAUGCAUUUGUAUACAAAUUUCCUUAUUCCAUUGUGUUUUAGAUUCCCCCUCUAAAUUACGUCUUUUUCUACGGCUACGGUUUUUCAUGUACGAUGUCUAUUUUACCAGGAAACAAUAAUAUACAAGCACUGUUUUUCAAUAGGUUCCUCAAAUUUUACUUAAUCUAUCAAUGAAUUAAGUAUCAUUGAGACGUGCUCAUACUACAUGUAUAUGUAUAAUUUCUAUUUUAUAUGUCUGUCUAUAUUUUUUGUAAAAUGUGAAACAAACAAAUUUGAAACUUGAAACUUGGAAUGGAGAUGAUGCACAUUGUGCGUCAAUGAAUCCAAUGACGGGGUACUCGUAUGUGUAAAGAGCUUUGAGAAAGUAUUUCGUAACAAGCGCUAUAUAAGUCCAGAUUAUUGUAAUCAUAUCUAUGAUAUACAAUUUUUUGUUGGACAAGAAUCCAAUUUCACGAGAAGAGCACUUUAUUUCUCACAAUCAUAAUUGUAUACAU